GCCGCGGCCUGAGGCGGGAGGUGCUGUCCCGGGGUCUGGGCUGCAGGUCCCGUUCUCGGCCCGAGGGGCUUCCCUGGGGCUGCUGGAGAUCCGCAGAGUUCAUCCCGGGCUGCCUCAGGCCUUGGCAUCCGCCCAGGGCAGCAGGGUGCAGCGGGCGGAGGAUGCUCAGGCUGGUGCCGGUGUGUCACUCACGAUGGUGCUGGAGAGUACGAAACUCUGGCAAAGAACUGAAGAUGCCAUCCUGUUUUGCUCAGGAGGUUCACCUUGCCAGAAGACAUGAGGAGAUACUGUCUCAGAGAUCAGAGCUGCUACAGCAGAUGGAGACUUAUCUAAGAGACAAAAAGACUAAAAAGACAUGGCAAACUCAAGCAGCUGAUGCAGCUCGUAAAAGGAAUGCAGCACUUUUAAAUGAUAUAGAGGCAGCAGAAAAAAGGCUGCAAGAAAGAAUGCAUUUACUUCCACAUCCCGAUACUGUUAAGUUAGAAACUCUCUAUUGGGCAUCAAUAAAGGAAUCUCUUCCCAAAUGGGAAGAGUUUCUUUUAGGAAGAGCAGAAGUUCCUAUUGGCUUUAAGAAAAUGAAAGCUACAAAGCAGAGCAUAAACUACCCUGAAGAAGAUUCACAAAAAUAAACAUUUUAGUUUCAUUUUGUUUUAUAAUUUAUCACUUAAGCAGAGAAGAUCAUCCAGAUGGGGCAACAGAAUAUCACACCAUUAAACUGAAAUGUAAAUAAUUUAAAUGGAAAUUAAUUACCUAGCAUAAUUUCAUUCCAUUGUUGCAUUGUGUACAAUUCCUUAUUUUUAUUCUGUACUAGAAAGCAAUCCUCAAACAGCUUUUAGGACCAAGAAUGAGAAAUAUUGGUGUAUAGAUUUCCACCAAGGCAAUUGGUUUUCAGUGUGAGAAGAGUUUUAUGGUAUUUUUAAUCCUCUGCUUCUACAUAUAAGUGCGAUAAGUAAAGACAGAUUCUUGCAUUAUCUUUCUUCACUUCAGUCAUCUGUGCUGCAUGCCUGCUCGUGGAUGAGGGAGAAAGGAAGGAUUUACUGUUAGCAGAAAAGGCAGACUGUGCAUCAGAGUAGCCUUGGUUUAGCACCAGGAAUCUGUGCAAGAACCUUCACGAGAGCAGUUGUAGAAGGAACAAACUUGAAUUUCUGCAUCUUUUUCUCUGAUUUUUUUUGUCAUUGCCACUGUCAUCACUUGUACACCUCACUCCAGGCAGCUUUCCCCAACCUGCUUCUGCCUACAUUGUAUUUCUUGUCUAAGGGCUGGGCAAACAAAUCUCUAGGGCUUUUUGCUGCUUCUAGGCUGCUCUUAAUGGUAUUUUCUUUCUGCUGAUAUAAUCUACAAGUGAGAACUUUUUCUGAGCCAUGAAAAGUUUGAAAGAAGCAAAGUGGAUAACUGGCAGUGACUAUGCAAGACCAAAGCAUGUACAGAAGUUAAGGAUAUAAUAUUUUCAUUUUCAGCCAUUGCACAGCUUCCCAGCUUCCUCCUACAGAGGUGCAGUAUCAGUGAGUUUUAAUUGUACUGAGCACUGGUAAGAACUUCUAAAAGUGUCUUUUCAGUGGAAGAUCCUUCCUGGUGUGUGACAUGGCCUGUAGAAAAUUAAUCUUUCCUAAGCAAAAGAAGCCUAGAAAAUAUUAAUUUCUUUCACUGUUAAGUACCUGGACUUGAUUCAAUAUACUUUUAAAAUUUAAUCUCCUGUGACAAUAUAAUUCCACCCCCAACCUGGAAGUAGUAGGAAAAAAAAUAAAAAGUGUCUUUGCCAGUGUCUGAGGAUAUGAAAAUGUAAUGAUUGCAAUUAUUGGUAGGCUACUAGUUAUCUGAGCUAUGCAUCUUCAUACUACAUAGGAGAAACUCCACUAUUCAAAAAAUGUAUUCCUGUGCAGUAUGAAGAAUCACUGACACAAUAAAAUCAAAACUUUAGGUGCAAUAUAAAAUUGUUGUAUAUUUUCCACAGGAAUAUGAAGACUUCAUUUGAAACUUUUUCUAUUGAAGUGUCCAUUAAACUGAUAACUUUUUACAGAAACUGCCAUCUUAGAAUUAUCCUGUUGAGUGGGUGUUGGUGUUUGUAACAAUAACGUUGUUUUCAUAAUAUGUGAUGGCAGAUUAGCACGCUUCUCUGCAGUGUUGUUAACAGUUGUAAUUAAGGAAUAAACAGUAAAGGGUGUCAGUCCGAUGACAAUUUCAUCUAUAGUGUCACAAUACAAAAUGUCACAAAAUAUUAGAACUGUUAUAUAACUACAAAAAUAUCAAAUUAGGCUUUCAUCUUACAAGCUGAGAGCUUAAAAAAAACUUGGCAUAGAGACCAUUGCAAUUUUAUACCUACUCAGUGUUCUGUCACAAAGACAACUUGGUAAUAUUUUCUUCUGUAAGCUCACAAUGUGAUUCUCAAUCUGAUUUAGUGGGAAUGUGUAUAGAUCUUACAUUUGUAGAGCUCACAUUUAAAAAGCAAAUAAUUGGAAUGGAUUGAACACACAAGAAGGGAAAACCUAUUAUACAUGAUGCUCAGAAUGAAGGGAUGGAUGAGCAGUUAGUUACUAACAAAGAAUGGGAUGCAUCCUGUUCUUUGCAUCCAAGGGGAAAUCACUUCAACAAAAAUCUGGGCCCCUAAGUACUUUAUACAUGCAAAUAAUCUGGGUCUUUAUCUCUCUGACUCCACCUAACCACUGGCACACAAUGCAGAUCUCACCAUCUCCUUUCCCUUGUGAUUUCCCUGGAAGGAGAUCUAGGUGUGUGGACAUUGAGUGCAUGGGUGACAAUUUGGCAAAGUGCCUGAAAGGCACCUGCAAGCAGGGUUAGACUAGUUUCUGCAGUUAAGAAAUGCCUGAGUGUAAAAUGAAAUUAUCUUCAAAGAAGCAAUUUAAUUUUAUUUCCUGCAGCAUAAUUUUAAAAGCAAUAGGACAAGCAUUGCAAGGUAAACUAUGUAGGAAUAUGUCCAGAAAAAGAAAAACAAUGAAGAGAAGCAUUUAAAGCAGGCAUGUGUGUAGGUAACUGUUCUCACAGAUGAGGGCCUUCAUGCUGGCCUGUGGUUUGAAGCACAUCAAUGCAAUUGUCUAUGACUGUGAAAUAACACAAAUAGGGGCAGGGGCAACACAGCAGGGCCACUCAGGUACAGGAGCAAGUGUCUGCUGAGUUGAGGCAUGCAGUGGCAGGGACCACAGUUAUAUGGGAUCUGCUGUUCUACUUAGAUUUGUUGAGUUUAAUUUACCAUGGCUUGUCUAGCUUGAUAGUAUUUUCUUUCUUUUGAGAAAGAAAAUGUUAAAUUUUAGUGUGCUUUUAAAAAAUUUAAGAAUCCCCCAAUGAUUUAUACUGAUAUGAUUUAAUAUGGCUGUCCUAUGAGAUCUUGAAUGGAUAUUCUUUACCAAGUUGAAAGUCACCUCAAACAUGUUGAUUCUAUUUGGUUAUAUCCCAUCUUUUCCCAAGCUUUUUUUAAUAUAUAUAUCAAAAAAUAUAAAAUAUAGAAAUUACAUCAUCUAAAUAAUCUGUAAUUUCCUACUCAUCAUGAGUAAUUUUUUUCUCAAAAAAAACCUCACCACACCCCCAAAAGACCAAACAAAAGAGAAAACAGAAAACUAAAACAAACACAACAUUUAAAAAAAAAAUAACAACAACAACAAAAAACCCUGCAAACUUGUUACUCUAUAGUCCUGACUUGCUGCUUGCCCUUUUGUGUUACAAUCUAUGUAUACAUAAGGUGCAGUGGUCCUAGGGGCCUGUUGCUUCUUUUGCUUUUUCUGAUAGGUGGGGGACAACAAUUGAGUAAAGAAUGCUGAGAAAACUCUAAGGUUUCUCCUUUUGUAAGUUAAUCUUGGAGUAUCUUGCAAGAAGAAGUAAUUAAUCAUAUUUUUCUAGGUUAAUGCGCAGAUGAGUAACCCCAAUACUAACCCAGGAACACAGCCUGUUCACCCAUCUUGUCACCUCUACCAUCACAUUCCCAAGCUUUUACUUUCUCAGUUAUUCUGGCUGUGGGGGCAGGAGCAGAAGGCAAGGCAUGUUACUUUUCCCUAGCAUAAGAAAACUCUUACUCUGCAGAAUCUUUCAAUUUCACGAGCCUAUUAAUUUAAUUUGAGAGUACAUUUGAAAUAGUAAGUUGGUUUAGAUGCAUAUCUGACACUAUGGUGUCCUCUUGAUUGUAUUUAUUCAGGGUCAGGUUUUCACAGAAGUUGGGAGCUAAUUUUUAGGCUGAGCUUAUAGUUCUUCAUUUCUGUCUUUUUCAUUCACAUAGAGCAGGUUGGGGAUGUAGAUGCUCAGUUUGAGCUUGUUGGUACUGAAAAAUAAGAAAACCAAAUUUAAAUGUACUUUUAGAGGUUAUAUCUGAAAGAAAACAUUAUUUACUCCAUAAUGGUAAUUUUCAUAAUAUUUUAAUAGUUGUGUUCAGAUACAACUUGACCUUAAAUAUCACCCCAAAUGCAAGCUGUUUUAACAUAUUUGUAAUGCUAAGGUCUUCAUUACUGUGAUAUUCUGUUUGCUCAAGGAUUAUAAUCCAUGGAUAUACUGUGUUACAGCUGAAAUAAAGCUUUGAUCCUGUA